CCCGCCGCGCCUCACUGGCGGCGGCGGCGGCGGCGGCGGCGGCGGCGGCGGCGGCUCCGGAUCCGGGGCGAGUCGGGCCCCCGCGGACCCGGGUGUGCCGCCCGGCGGCCGCGGAGGAUGGGAACACCCCGCCAUGUCUCUGGGCCGCCUCCUCCGCCUGCGCCGCGCGUCCGCCAGGACCUCGGAGCUCCUGACCGGCACUGCGGGCGGCGCCCCCUCCAGCCUGGACGGGGAGAUCGUGUAUUCCAAGAACAACGUGUGCGUGCACCCGCCCGAGGGCCUGCACGGGCUGGGGGAGCACCACCCAGGGUACCUGUGCCUCUACGCGGAGAAGGAUGAGCUGCUCGGGGCCACCCUCAUCCUCGCCUGGGUCCCCAACGCCCGCAUCCAGCGGCAGGACGAGGAGGCGCUGCGCUACGUCACCCCCGAGGGCUCCCCCGUGCACAGGGGCCCCCGCGCCCGCGCCCGGCGCGCCCAGAGCUCAGGGGCGCCCCCCCCGGCCCCCCGCGACGACGACAUCCUGGCCGUGGCGCGGAGCCUGCAGGACUCGCUGGCCGUGGAGGGGCCCUCCCUGGACCUGUCUGCCGGCCUGGAGGCAGGACCAGCGGUCCUGCGACUCGGACGGCAGGCCUGUCGUCGUCGCGGGGGCCGGGGGGGGCCCUGCCUGCUCCUGGGCAGCGCCGGGCGCGGGCCGACGGGGCCCCUGUCGCCCCGAGGGGCGCACGGCGGGCUGCGUUGUGCUUCUGCAAAGCCGCUGCGGCGUGGACAGGCGGGCCGGCAGGGGCUGGCGGCCCUGGGCCCUGCACCCUGCCUGUUCCGGCUGCGGGGGGCCGGGCCGGGCGAGGCAGCUGCUUUCCUGCCCCCGCCCCCGCCCCCUGCGCCGAGCAGCCUGUGCCACUCGGACCCUCGGGCUGCCCCGUCCCGGGCCCUGACCGUUGGCAGCCCCGGCUCCCUCCCGACCAUGUCCGGGUCCGGGCCGUGGGGCACCCCUGCCGACUCGCGUCCCUGCGCCCAGGCCUCGUGGACCUGCCGGGACGGCGGCUGUCCAGCCAUGCCCCAGGCUCUGCUCGCCGUGGAGACGCUUGGGCAGUGGGAGCCCCGCUGGACCCUGGUGCCCUGGUCUCGGCAGCCCCCACUCUGCUUUAUCUACUGGCGUGGCCCGAGAUGGGCAUCGUCUGCAAAUGCCUGCGGGGAGGAGAGCCGGUGGCCACGCCAGGCUCCACCCGCGCCUGCCUGCCAGCGCCCACUCCUCCCUCCUGCGCCUCUGCCCUCGGGCCAGCCAGCCCACGCUCCAGGCCGGCAGGGCAGUGGCCAGGGGCUGCCGGGGCCUGGGGAGGAGGGCCCUGGGCGGGCGCAGGGUGUGAGCACUCAGGAGGGAAGCCCAGCCCCCCCCCGAUGCCCGCUUGGAGCAAGCCCCUGGGCCGCAGUCUGUGCUGACGCCGACCCGCGGACCCCGCGCUGGGAUGAGCCUCAGCGGGCGUGCGCCCUGGAGCAGAUCUGUGGCGUGUUCCGAGUGGACCUGGGCCAGAUGCGCUCCCUGCGGCUCUUCUUCAGUGACGAGGCGUGCACCAGCGGGCAGCUGGUGGUGGCCAGCCGGGAGAGCCAGUACAAGGUGCUGCAUUUCCACCACGGUGGGCUGGGCAAGCUAUCCGACGUGUUCCAGCAGUGGAAGUACUGCACAGAGACGCACCUGCAGGACCAGGCCCCCGAGCAGCGGCUGCGCAUGCAGUUCUCCAUCCGGCGCCCCAAGCUGCCGUCGGCCGAGACGCACCCCGAGGAGAGCAUGUACCGGCGGCUGGACGUGGCGGCCUGGCUCGGGCACCUGAACGCGCAGGGCCAGGUGCAGGAGGAGCACCGGCUGCGCAAGGCCAUUUUCUUCGGAGGCAUUGAGGUGUCAAUCCGGGGGGAGGUGUGGCCCUUCCUGCUGGGCUACUACAGCCCCGAGUCCACGUCGGAGGAGAGGGAAGCGCUGCGGCGGCAGAAGCAGCGGGAGUACGCGGAGAUCCAGCAGAAAAGGCUGUCCAUGAGCCCUGAGGAGCACAGCGCCUUCUGGAGGAACGUGCAGGUGACCGUGGACAAGGACGUGGUCCGCACUGACCGCACCAACCAGUUCUUCCGUGGCGACGGCAACCCCAAUGUGGAGAUCAUGAGGAGGAUCCUGCUCAACUAUGCCGUGUUCAGCCCGGCCAUCGGCUACUCUCAGGGCAUGUCCGACCUGGUGGCCCCUCUCCUGGCCGAGGUCCUGGACGAGGCAGACACUUUCUGGUGCUUCGUGGGCUUGAUGCAGAAUACCAUCUUCGUCAGCUCACCCCGCGACGAGGACAUGGAGACGCAGCUGCUGUACCUGCGGGAGCUGCUGCGGCUGGCGCUGCCGCGCUUCCACCGGCACCUGGAGGCGCUGGGCGAGGACGGGCUGCAGCUGCUCUUCUGCCACCGCUGGCUGCUGCUCUGCUUCAAGCGCGAGUUCCCCGAGCCCGAGGCCCUGCGCAUCUGGGAGGCCUGCUGGGCCCACUACCAGACGGAUUACUUCCACCUCUUCAUCUGCGUGGCCAUCGUGGCCAUCUACGGGGACGACGUCAUUGAGCAACAGCUGCCCACCGACCAGAUGCUCCUGCACUUUGGAAACCUGGCCAUGCACAUGAACGGGGAGCUCGUUCUCAGGAAGGCCCGCAGCCUGCUGUACCAGUUCCGCCUGCUGGCCCGCAUCCCCUGCAGCCUGUGCGAGCUGUGCCGCCUGUGUGGCCCCGGCAUGUGGGACAGCGGCUACAUCCCGGCCGUGGAGUGCACCGGCCACCACCCGGCGCCCGAGAGCUGUCCGUACGGGGGCACCGUGGAGGCACCUUCGCCCAAGCCCCCCCAAGACGCCAGGAAGGACUCAAAGCUGCCCCGAGAAGGGUUCGGGUUCCGCAGAUAGGCACGGGGCCCUCCCGAGGGCUGGGGGCACAGAGGACGUGCCGUGGCCGCGGGGAGGAGACUCCAGCGGAACCUCAAGAGCGGAGCCUGGAAGCGCUUCAAGGCCCCCCGGGCUCCGCCAGGACCCCACGCUCGGCGCCGCCGCUCCAGCUGUGUGGCCUGCAGGCGGCACACGGAGGGACCCUGGAGGCCCAGGCAGGCAGCGCAGAGGGAGGCCGCCCGAUGCCCGCCUGGUCCCGCCUGUGUGGGGGCCAGGGCCCUGGGCUCGGGAAGGAAGGGGCCGCGGCGCGGGCUGGAGGGGCCCGCUGGGGAGCCGGUCCCACCCUGAUGCCACCAUGCCCAGGGACUGGGCGGUGGCCCGUGCAAAUCCUGCCAAGAGAGUCUGCAUUGUG